AUUAAUCAGAAAAUGCUGAUCAUAUUUUAUAUACUGCUGAGCUUCAGACUUGGUCGAAGCACAGAUGAUCUGUUCUUUGUAACAAAGACUAUUGAUGUUGGAGAUAAUGUGACUCUGACAUGCCCGCGCCUGACAUCUGAACUUGAAGCAACCUUGUAUUGGAUCAGGAUUGUUUCUGGAAACCAUCCUGAAUUCUUGGGAGGAACAUUUACCUUUGAUUAUGGUGGUAUUAACAAGACUCCUCAUAUUACAGCAAAACAAGGGCCUGGAACCUUUACUCUGGAAAUAAGCAAAACUAAGCUAAACGACUCUGGUCUUUAUUACUGCAUAAAAGUAGAUCAACUCGACAUGGAAUUUUUGAAUGCAACAUUUCUCAAAAUUAACGGGCCAGAUCCAGCGAUCACUGACAUCAUUCAGGUGCCCCAAUCUGGUCCCCUCCGUCCAGGAGACCCAGUGACUCUGCAGUGUUUGGUUCUCUCUGACUCUGAGAACAAAACAUGUCCUGGGAAUCACCGAGUAUUUUGGUUCAGCCCUAGAGCUGAUAACUCUCAUCCCAACUUAAUUUAUGCUCAUGAAAAUAAUGACAGCUGUGAGAGGAGUCCAGAGGAUUCCUCUACACAGAAAUGUGUCUACAGCUUCUCCAAGAACGUCAGCUCCUCUGAUGCUGGGUCUUACUACUGUGCUGUGGCCACAUGUGGACAGAUACUUUUUGGAAAUGGAACAAAACUGGACAUUAAAGCACUCAACAUGUGGGACUUGCAGAAGGCCAAUACAGUUCUCUUUCUGUUAUGUGCUGCUUUGGCUACAAGUCUGAUUGUUAUAGCCUUCCUCAUUUGUACCAUCAAGAAGAAAACUUCCAAUUAUGGUGGAACAGGAAGUGAUGAUCAGCAGAGUCAACAGAGAGUUGAGAACCCAGUGGUUUACUCUGCCCCAAACAUCAACAGGAGGAAAAACAGCAACUCAGAGCCGAGGAAUAAAAGAGCAGCAAAGGGCGGGACGGUCUACACUGACGUCAGUGCUUUUGCAGUGGAGUAA